GCUUACGGGCCUUGCGUACUAUGAUAUACCGCCUGUAUGUAUGUACAUACAACCGAUUCUCCACGGAUUGUUUACAAGCGCGCGCGCUCCAGGGAUUCUCGCGUAUGUGCACAGUAUAUACAGUGGCGUGUGUAAAUAAUCGCGCAGCAGCGUCUGCAACAGCAGCAGCCAACAGCAAUAGCCGCGAUCGCAACCAUCCGUAGAUUCCCGCGAGGAAUGUGCGCAUUGCGACGCAUAUCCUUCAGCAAUCCCUGUCGUCGCGACGCGAUAGCGGGGCCCGCUGCCGCGUAAUAUUGUAUGUACGCACCGUGACCCACUUGUUGCGUCUAGGUUAUGGCGUUAUAAACAAAAAUAUGUUCCACACAAUAAACGCGUUCGUAAGUCCAUCGUGAGCUCUCAGCCACAUGCGAGAGCUAGCUUAGGAUAUGGAGACAGGCCCGGGUCUGAGCCUGUUUCAGGGCUCGGACAGCAUUCAGCUAAACACGCAGGGACUCGAGGAGGACGAAGAGCAGGAGGAUAAGAGGCGACUCAACGAAGAGAUACAGAAUCGCCUGGAUGAGGAAUUUGAUGAUUUGGAAAAUGAUGCCAGUUCUAUCAAUAGUAGUCAUUAUCAACAUGAUAACACCAGAGACACUGACCAUAUCGAUACAAUGGUCAACUCUGAUCUGGAACCAAUUACGCCCAAAGGACAGGUAGCAAUGGUACAUUUGCAGAAAGAAUUUGAUGUUUAUGAUCGGAUGGAGAAUCUGAACAAUUAUGAUCAUGUCGAUAAUCUGAACAGUUACGAUCGUGAUGUGAUAACGAAUCAUAGAUCAGACUCCGAGAUUGGCAGUGGAACUAUACAGCCAGACUUUGAUUUGUACAGACAAACGGGGACGCCAUAUGAUAAUAAUAGAUUCAAUGAUGGCAAUAGUAUCAUUGAGACGCCAUACGAAUUGGCAAAACCUUCAACCGGCUAUCCUCGCAAGAUUUUUCCACAAUCGGCUGAGGAGGGUACGUUCAGCGAGAAUUAUCCUUGCAACUAUGAGACGCCAUCUAAUCAUUACAAUACUCAUAUAUCCCGGAAAUACUCCAAUAAUGGUAUUAAUGACAUAUAUGAAAAUAAUGUACAAAGUAAGCAAAUUCAUGAGUUUGGCGGAGGCGACAACGCUACCUCGGAUCACAUGAAUCAUUGCUAUAAGACUAGUCCAAAUGGCAGGCCAAUGGACGACGCUGUAGCAUACAAAACGUCAGAGUAUAAUAGUAAGGAACAACUGGAAAUAUUAUAUAUGGUCAGAAUGCGGGAGAUCAGUCGCUUGACGGAAGAACUCCAACAGUUGCAGUUGGAAAAAGAGGACGAGAAAAACCAAAUGAGCAGGAGACUGAUGCUCUUACAGGCGGAAGUCGAUAGAACUAAUAUAUCGAGGAAUCAAGCGCAGGAGGCAUUGGUUGAUGCUAAGGCCGAAAUAGCUGAUCUACAAACACAAAUGAAAUCUCUAAAAGAAAGAAAUGCAGUUUUGGAAAAAACAAAUCAAAAUAUAUCAGAAGAUUUAAAUAUUGCGAGGGGCUCUGUCAUGGAUUUGCAACAAAAAAUUGCUGUACUGGAAAGAGCACAAGUGUUGCAAAUGAAUGAUAAGAUACAUGAGAAGUUUUUGAAGCAGGCGCAGGAAAAACACGCAGUGGAAAUGAAAAAUAUGCAGACACAGAUAGAUGUUCUUAUGGACAAAUUAAACGCCAAGGAAACGUCAUGUAUUGAUCUUGAGCAUAAAUUGGAUGAUGCACGAAGAGCACACGAGGCUCUCAUGGUGGAGAAGGGUGACACCAUGAAUCGAUUGGCGCAAGCAUUACAAGACAGUCAAACCCAAUGUCGUAAUCUCAUGACCACUAAUAACGUUCAGCAGGUGAUGCAGCUGCAAGCGCAAGUGAAAAUGUUAACUCAGGAAAAAGAAGAUCUGCAUAAAAACGUACAAGAUUUGCAGAACAAAUUAGACCUAAUUAAAAACGACGUUGUGCAAUACGAUUCGUUAUUGGCUACUACUCUGGAGGAUGAGUCUGGCUCGAUUAGACAAAUGAAAUUAGGUGAACUUUAUAAUAAAUCAAAAUCGAAACCCGUUGAUGACAUCACAAACAAAUUAAAAGGUGAACUACGUAGAUGUAUAACUGGUCAAGCUGUAAAAAGAAAAGAGAUAAAUCGUUUAGAGAAUACUUUGUCACAGAAAGAUAAGGAAUUAAAUGAAGCUUUGAUAUUAGCUGACACGUAUCGCCAAGAAGUAGCACAGAAGGCAAGCGAAUUAAUGAAUGCGCGCAAGCGAAUUAAUGAAUUAGAAGAAGAAUUGAAAUCUCUAUUAACAGACGAAGCCAUGAAAGCAAAUGCUAAAAUACAAAAACUCUCACAUCAUUUAAAUGAUGUGAAGAAACAGUGUGAGCUACUACGCGAUGAAAAGAUUAAUUUGGAACAGAAAUUAGAGGAGGCUUUAGCUGUUAAUCAGGAGAAACUCAAAAAAAUGCAUCAGGAGACUAUGGAACAACAAGAAAAAGAAGCCAUCGAUGAGUACAACAAAGAGUACCUGGAGAUACAUGCUAAAGCCAUAGAAAGAGUGAAACAAGAAGCACAAAUAGAAAUAGUACAAUUGACUGUACAAUUAGAGCAAACACAAAAAGAGUUAGAUCGUGUAAAAGAAUUGUACAUAAACGUUUGCGGGACGAAAGAACAUUUAAUAAACGAGCAUAAAAACGAAAUUAAAAUGCUGAAAAAUAAAUAUGCUGCAAUUGAAUCACAUCAGAAGGAUAUGGAGAAAUUGGAGAACGAAUUACAAACGCAGAUUAAAUUGUGUAAUAAGUUAACUAAGGAAUGCGAGGACUUCAAAAGUAAAAUAAUCGAAUUAGAAAAAGAUUUAGUGUACGAAAGAAGAAAAAAGGAGGAUCAUGUAAAAAAAAUACAUUCAGAAAUAGAAAGGGCAAAAGAAGAAGCGUUACAUGAACUACGAAAUGCACAUCCAAAUCAAGAAAUAAGUUUUCUUUUGCCGGAUCAUUGUUCUGAACAUCUAGAAAAAAUUAACCAGUUGGAGGAAGAUUGCAAACGCUUAGAAGAGAAGCUCCAAAUUGCUGUGCAAGAACAAAAAAAGUUAUCCGAUUAUCAAACCGAAUUAGAUGAUGCUAAAUUGAAAAUAGCGCAAAUGGAGAUCACGCAGGAAUCAUGGAAGAAAAAAUACGAGAAGAUUGCUAGUGAAAGAAAGGAUCUUCUCGCAAAAAUUUCCAAAUUAGAUUUGGAAUUAUUGAAUUUGAAACGCACUGCGAAACUAGAAGAUUCGGAUGAUGUAAAGUUGAAAAUUUCUCGGUUUCAAGCGGAGAACGAUACACUGAAAAAUCAAUGUGACAGUCUGCUUAGUGAAAGAAAUACUUGUAAAGAGAAAAUUUCUGAACUAGAAACUGAACUCUUCAAUGAGAGAAAAAAAGUUAAUAAUUUCGAAGGAUUGCGGAAAAAUGGCGAAAGUACAUUAAACUCGAACAGUGAGUUGGAGAAAGAACCCUCUCAUUACAAAGAUCCAGGUGUCGCACAAUUAUCCAGGCUAAAUAACUCGAAAGAAGGACGUUUGAACGAAUCAGCAGCAUUGGAACAGAGGAUACAACAAUUCGAACAUGAUCUACGAAGUAAAGACGAAAAACUGAGCAGACUAUUAAAAGAUUUCAAGAAGAUAAAAGACGAGAGAGAUCAGCUAGUGAUGAAAUUGCGAAAUCAAGCCAAACAAUUUGAACAAUUUGUCAAAAGUCAGAAUAAAGUGUCCGCGGAAUUGAAUCUGUCUCCCCGCAGUACGGGCGACAGUACCGACUUUCAGAAGAUGAAGGAGAUUAUGGCGAAAGAGGUACGAGAAGAAAUGGAGCAGAGAGUAGCAAAAGAACUCAGAGGAAUCGGAGAACAGAAUAGAAAAGAGCUAGAGGAGUUGCAAGGAAAGUACAAAACUACUGUAUUAGAGUUGCAAAGACAGUGUAGCGAGAAAGAUGAAGAGAUGGAAACUCUGCGAAAGGAGAUAAAAGAAGAGAAAAUGAAGGUCGAUCAAAUCAGUCAAAUUAUAGGAAGCAAAGUAGAGACUUACAGCCAAGAGUUUCAAGCGCGGAGGCUAUGUAUCGAGAAAUUGACCAUGGCUUUAAAAAAGAAAGAGAACCAAGUUGAGGAGGAUAGAAAUUAUAUGGCCGAGAUUAUGACAAAAUGGAUGGCUGAACUAAAAGAGAGUAAAGCUAAGGAAAAGGAGAAAGAUGAGGAGAUACAAAAGCUGAAAUUCACUGAGGAAAAAUUAAACGUCGAACUGAAAACAUUGAUCGAGAAACAAAAGCAUUUGAAGAACAAAUAUCGAAAGGCAAAACAGACUGCGAAUAAUUACAAGAUCCAUGCAGAGAAUAAUCGGGAGUUUCUAUUGCGUGAAUGUAAACGUAUCGAGGAGGGAUACAAAAAGGCCAUCGAAGAAGCACAGCAAAGCUGUCUAGCGCACGACGAGCAGUAUACUACAAAAGCCAAGAAGCUUGAGCAACAACAUGUAGAAAAAAUGGAACAAAUGCAACUUACACUGAAGUACAAAGAUAAAUGUUGAAGUACGUACUAAGUAUUCUUUAAAUAUAUGCAAUAUAGCUUUCCUUCGGCUAAGAUAAAGCGGUAGUUACAGAGGCUAGAUACCUUUUUUGUCUUUAAUUUAAAGCACAUUAUUGUACAACAAUAUAUUAGCGGAGUUUUUUAAUGUUAGGGACCAAUGUACGCGUAAGUAAAUCAUAUGAUAUCGGUAAAAUUAUUAUAUCGCGUUUGCUUGCCAAUCUCGAAUCUCGACGAAACGGCGGACGUUAAAUGUAGCUAUAAAGCUAUAUACAUCUGAAGUACAAGUGUCUGGUAAAUCAUAAUGUAAUGCUAUGCAUAUUAUUAGUCAGUAGGAAAAAAUCGUUUUUAUAAUAUAAUUAAUAUUGUACAGUAGAGUUUCUAUUCUGUAAUAAUCGUCGGGAUUGAAAUGCCUCGUUCUCUCUUUCUCAUUCCAUAUCAUUACAACAAAUAUGUAGAGGAAAAGCGGCACAAACGACUGUUUUAAAACAGAAAGAGAUCGACAAUAAAGGAAAACAGAAUAGAGGUGUUCUAUUGUACAUCACAAUUUUAUAAAUUGUCUAUAACUUAAGGCGAAACACAAGCUCGCGAACAAAAGAGAAAACUUUAGUCAUGUGUUUCCGCUGAGCAUUAUUAUGACAUAAUAAGCAAGACUGGAUCUCUCAUUCUUUCUCUCUUUUUUUCUUAUGAAAGUAAGCGUAAUAAAGAGAGAAAAU